AUGGAGUCGUCACAGACCGCGAAUGUCUUUACGACGACUCGCACCAGCUCGGGAUCCAGCGCUGGCACGAUCAGCGUCAACGGCAACGGCAGCGGUUCCAAUACGGGUUCGGGCUACAAGCGCGCGAGUCGCAAAGGCGCGCCGCGGAGGUUCGUGUGCGAUCAUGCUGGCUGCGAGAAGAUUUAUUCGCGAGCUGAGCACCUGCAGCGCCAUCAGCUGAACCACAACCCCAAGGAAAUCUAUCGAUGCGACGUGGGCGACUGCGACCAAAAGUUUGUGCGCCUCGAUCUCCUGUCGCGCCAUAAGAAGCGGCACACGGCCUCGUACACGCCCAGGAAUCGCAUCCCCAGCUUCGACACGGGCGAGACCGUCAAGUCGCCCCCCGACCGCCACACCAUCGCCAUUCCGCCGCAGUCUUCCUACGGACAACAGCCGUCUGGGCCUCACGAUGCCGCCAUCCUGCUGACGCCCGAGUCCAACACGGCUCCCACUCCGGCGCCGCUGAGCCACAGCAUGUCCAGGGCGAGCCAUCAAGCCGCGACCUGGGCGCCUUCACUUGACGACCGCUCGGGCAACAUGAUGCGGCACCGGCCCAGCUUUUACGCGGCCGAUCCAACCGCUCUGCCGGAGCCUGCGGGCAUGGUGGGCUUCGGCGCGGUUGGAUAUCCCACCGACGACUCAUUGACGCAGGGCAACUUUGCCGCAUGGCUGUUUGAUCCUCAGACUACGUAUAGCGACUUUAGCAUGGCAAGUCUGCCAUUCCUUGAGGGCGGACUGGAGUCUACCUUUAACAACAACAUUCACUACGACUACGAAUCGCUCACCAGCUUGUCGCCCAUGGACCAGCCUCAGCGGCUUUCUGAGUCAUCGUCCGACGACUGGAUCACCGAAUCGAGGCGCCAGGAACUGCUUCACUGGUUUCAGACGUUCCGCAAGAAGCAGCCCAGGUACGAGCCAUUGAUGCCCAACCUGGUUCUCGAAAGCGGCGGCGACAUGCCGGCGCUCAACCUCGACAUGAUGAGAGACUGUCUCAAGGAGUUUUGGGACAAUGUCUCGCCUCGGCUGCCCAUUAUCCACCAACACACCUUUUCUCCGAACCGAUGCCCCGUCCUGCUCCUCCUCGUCAUGCUGUCUCUCGGCGCCGCAUCGUUGCGUGGCCGCGACAUGACGGGGCAGCUCUCCGAGUACGGCGCAUUUGCCGACGUUAUCAUUUCAUGCGUGAGAUGGGAGAUUCUAACCUCAGAUGAUUCUGCACCGCCAGCAAGCCUUUGGGUUCUGCAGGCUCUCUUACUCCUCGAAUUCUAUGAGAAGCUGUACACUUCUCGAAAACUGCACGAGAGGGCGCACAUCUACCAUCCUGCUUUCUUAACACUUCUCAGACAGCCAGACUCACUGGGACCCGAUCGACAGACGCCAAACAUGGCCUUGGAUUCUCGGACGUGGUGGGCUCGAUGGGCUGAGACGGAGUCAAUGCACCGCGUGGUGUUUGCGGCCUUUAUGCUCGACGUCAUCCACGCUGCCAUGUUUGGCCACGCCGCCGAUAUGGCUCCUCACGAGAUUCGGCUACCUCUCCCUUGCGACGACAACCUGUGGGCGGCCAACAGCCCAGACGUGGUGCGGCAGCUGGAUGCAAACUUCCGCAUGUACGGCGUCAAGCAGGUGUCGUUUCUAGAUGGGCUCAAGAGCGCGCUGCACGGUAAGGAGGUCAAGACGCACUCGUUUGGACGCAUGAUUAUCAUCUCGGGCCUGCUCAGCGUAGGCUGGCACUUGAACCACCGCGAGACUCAUCUUAAGUGGCUCGACAUUCGCACGCCGUCCAUGGAGACGCAGGAAAACUGGCGCAAGAUGCUGCUGCGUGCGUUUGACAACUGGAAAGGCAGCUUCGAUAUUGCCAUGUCCGACUCCAUCUCUGACGCCCCUGGCCACCGUGGUAUUCCUAACGGGCCUAUCAACAGUGCUUCGGUGCUAUACCAUUUAGCACACAUCAGCCUCCACGCGGACAUUGUCGACUGCCAGGUGUACGCUGGCGCAAAGCGUCUUCUCGGCCGCAAGGUCUCGUCUAGGGACUACUCCAACGUCAUCAAGCGCAUGAGUGCUUGGUCAACACAAGCAUCAACGCGCCACGCCAUCCUGCACGCCUUUAAGCUUCUCUACCGCGUCGUCGUCGAUCCUCACCCUCGCCGCAGAAAUAGCCCUCACCCCCCUGAACACUCCGCCAUCCAGUACUCUGUUCGCAACGAACCGGAUCCUCACCGGCCGUGGAUCAUGUACUACGCUGUUUUGGCCAUCUGGGCCUUUGUGCAAGCUUUAGGGCGGCCACCGGGUAAGGGGUUUCCGUUGCCGACAUCGCAGCUGGGACAUAGUAGUUACGCGCGGAUGGUUGAGUACGUGUCCAGUGUGGCUGCGUUACCGGAGCUGGAUGAGCAGGCAUCAGCUGUUUUACACGAGGGCUUACCUGAUUUGCUGGAUGUAAUGGUGGACAUUCUGGAAGAGGCAGAUACGGAACUGCUAGUCGAAGCGCGGGAGCGGUUAAAGGUAUGCAAGGAGAUGCUCUUGGGGGGAACAACACGGCCAUGA